CGCAUUGAAAUACCUUUCUGUUUAUGGGUUAUUUGUUUACAUUCAUUCCGGCUGAAAAAGUCAACUGCUAAUCUGAAAUUAAUCGCAAGGAUGAUUUUAUUAUACCAAAGUUGCCAAUUUUAGUUUUUUUCAGAGUGCCUUUGUAUUUUUCUAAUUCAUGACGUGUCAUAAGCUUAUUUUGUACAAGGGAAUGUCUGUCUCAAAGAUUGACUGGGCACCAUAACCCUGCCUAAUAGAAUGUUGUGAUCCAAAAGAUCCAACAUUUUCAGUUGCCAUGUCACUUUUUAAAGCGCGAGAAUGGUGGAGUACAUCCUGUGGUCAAGAAGAAGGUUUUGACCAGGCUUCUCUGUGUGUAUCUGGUCUCGGUAACAGUGGUAAUGAAACAUCUAUGAUAAUUGUUGGAAGUCAUGUUGGAAACAUUAGAGUGUUCUGUCCAAAUCUACCAACUGCAUCUGAGGCACCCAGCUAUAAGCCAAGUGACCUUCUCAUUGAGACAAGCUUACCUCACCCUGUCUUGCAGCUACAUGUUGGCAGAUUUAUCUCUGGAUCUCAGCAGUUCCACUUAGCUGUUCUGCACCCCAGAAGUGUAGCCAUUUACAGUUUGGUGAUCCGAGGAGGAAAUACAGAUCAUGGUGAACAAAGUGCGUUAGUUUUUGUCUAUGAGCAUCAGCUUCGAAGAUCAGCAUACAGUCUGAUUGUGGGGCCUUUUGGGGGAGUCAAAGGAAGAGACUUCCUCUGUGUGCAAGCACUUGAUGGAACACUAUCAUUCUAUGAACAGGAGUCAUUUGUCUUUUCUAGACAGCUACCAAAUUUUUUAUUACCAGGGCCACUCAUUUUUGUCCCUUCAACUGAUGCAUUUCUAACAUGCAAUUCACACUUUCACAUAGAUAGUUACAGAUAUCAAGUCCUAGCAGACACAAGUGAGGAUGCCAAGAAACUAUUAAUUCCAGAAUGGAGUCUAAAUAUUGGAGAAUCCGCUCUUGAUAUUGCUUGUGUUGCUCACUCUGCCUCAGAAGUAGAUAUUCUUGUUUUGGGGGAGCAUAAUUUGUUUUGUCUUAGGGACCAUGGCACAUUAAAGUUCAUGUGUCGGUUUGAGUUUCACCCUCGCUGUUUUUUUCCAUAUCGCACAGUUCCUGAGGGUCUGCUGAUGGUACUGAUAGCCACUGACACUGGAACACUUCUUGUGCAGAAUAACACUACCCUUCGAUGGUCAGCACAACUUCCAAUAUCUCCAAUUGCUAUUUCUCGUGCAUCACUUCAGGGAAUGGAUGGAGUCAUAGUGCUACUGUCUGAGACAGGGGAGCUUCAGUGCUGCUAUUUAGGCACAGAACCCUCCCUCUUUGUGGCACCAUCAAUUGAACCAAAGCCCAUUGACUACCAAGAGGCUGAAAGAGAACUUAACUAUCUGGGCACUGUAAUUCGAGCUUUUAAUGAUAGUUCCAGUGUUCUAUUGGCCAACACAGCUGCAGAAAGAGAGCUCUCUGUAACUGUUAAACCAAGUCAACAUUCUGAGAGUCGUGGAGAAUCAGAGGUGUGCUAUGUAGCAGUAAAUUUGUCUCCUCACUCAGCCCAUGCCCCAUUGACUAAGGUACAAGUAACAGUUGUAGCCCACUCACCACUUUUGGCUGAUCCACCUUCCCAUACAAUACCAUCCCUAAGUGAAGUCUAUCAAGUAGCAAGCUACAUCUCGGUGAAAGGUGCGGCUUCAGAGUAUGUUUGGUCUUUAGAAGUGUCAGUUAUUGUAUCAUACAUAACUGCAUCUGGAAUUCCUAGAAUUCUUACUUCCACUUGCCAACUCCCACUUCGACUUGUGGCUCGUCCUUGUAAUCCAGCCAAAGAGGCAGAGAUAAAAAUAACUUUGAAUACCAAUAUACCUGUUAUAAGCUUGACGGACAUUUUUCCAGAGUUCAACUCAUCUAGUGCAGGACCAAACAUUUUAGGGUGCUCACUUGGCUCUAGAGUGGUCACAGUCAUUGCUGCUAAGAUGAGUACACGAUACCGGCUGCAAAGUGAUAGUAUCUUACCUCUGGCCUUACUUGUAAAACAACUAGUUUCUCGUCUUGAACGCCUCUCAAAUAAUGCUGAACAGCAGUCAUCAGUCAAUGUGACUUCAUCAUCACCACUACCUCUAGAACUCUUAUUUUCUGCCAUAGAGUCUCAUCUAACAUUUCGGAAACAAGUUGCAGACCUCAAGGAUGAACUAGGUCAACUAUCUGUGCAAUUCAGGUCUAUUGAAAGGAGAUUGCUUACAAAAAUGAAGGAUAAGAAACCAGCUCCAUUGAAUCAAUUGGAUACUCUCCUCACAGCAACUCAAAUUGAAAUAAUAGGUGUAAGCCACAGAUUGGAACAAGUUUUUCAGGAUCUUGAAAAUUCACAGUGGGGUUUGGGGUGUGCUGUAGAACUGAUCCACACUUUGUUGAAACUGUCUGAGAGUCCUUCUAAAUACACCAAAACAUUUUAUUCUGCUAUGUCUCCUGUAAUUACAGAUUCAGAUGAUCAGGGUUGGGAAGAUGCUACAUAUGCAUCCCUUCGUUAUAUCCUAAAUGCCAAUAAAAAACAAGACCCUUUAACUUCCUCCUCUAAUGAGCCAUCAAUUGAUAUCUCUGUUAUGAAAAAGAUAAUAACAUCUGUGCUAGACAUAAUAGCUGAAUCUUAUUCUGCUGGCGCAGUUGGCUCUGAAGUACGGAAACCAAUAUCACCUAUUCAUGAAUCUGAAGAGGCUGAAGAAGAACCCGCUGUUCCUAUAGGAUCUCGAUUAGGGGAAAAUAGGGCCAUAUCAGCCAGUAUUUCCCAAAACAAUAGACUUCUUCCCGGUCGCUUGAAAACAUCAACUGAAGUCUCAGGGGUUCCAAUUGAUACAUCUCUGGUUGAGAGCGAUCUUACAAAACUUGCUCUAUCUAGUCCAAUGCAACAGAAUACAGAAGAUGAUAUUUUGUGGAUUUAAAAAAUUUGACGAAUGGACAGGUCACUUACUGCACUUACUGAAGUUAACACGUUUUGCUUGGUGUCACAUUUCAAUUUCACCUUUUUUAAUUUUGGAUUUGCAUUUAGCACAAUUUUUCUCAUCAGAAAAUGAGGCACAACAUAUAAGUAAGGCCCAGAGGCAUAUUUUGCAAUACUCCAGUAAAACGGACAUUUUCUUAAUAUUUUCAGGGCAAGUGCACAGAAGCAAGUGUGAUAUAUAGUAUUAUUUUUUGUUUGGAAUCAUGAGAGAUCUCUAUUCUAGUCAUGUUAAUACAAUUUGUUUUGAUGUUUUUAAAUACCUAUACCUGAAACCUGUACAAGAAAAUGCUCUGUUACAAGUAAUAAAAAAAUCAUUUUAAUCUGUU